GGAUGUGGCCACACCCAGUGUCAGAAUCUGUAUUGCGAGUGGUUAUGCCCUGUGGUCAGUCACCAAGCUGGAGUCUAAGCCGCGGGCUACUGUUUUGGGCCAUGGACAGGAUCAGGGGCGGGGAUUAUCGGGAAGAUGACCAAUGACAAUACUAGACGGAAAAGUGACCAAUGACAAUACUAGAAGCUCCGCGGGACGUGGCCUCUGUCCAACCAGCGGCUAUUCCACGCCCUAGGCCGGAUGAAGUACCCAGGCGCUUGACUUGAGGGCGUGGCUAGAAUUGGAGGGAGAACCUAAAAGGGACUUGACCAAUCCGAGACUGUAUAAAGGAUAAAAGGGCGAGGCCGUGCCUGGAUCUGCCCCUGACGGGCAACAUGCUGUUUCGCGGAGUCCGGGCCAAUCCUGGUGUUAGCUUCCAAGUAGGGCGGGGACAGUAUCGAAGGUGUGACCAAUCCCGUUUCCAGAGCCUGAGUUGCGCUAGCCGCCAAAGGAUGUGGCCAGCCUGGGGGCGUGGCUGUCAAGAUCUUGUCCAAUCCUAGAGUGAGCCCAAACUCAGGGGCGGAGUUUCAUGAUCCCGGAACCGGUGGUAGUGUUUGGGUUUGAGGAGAGCGCGACCUAGCCCUGUGGGGCGGAGUCUAGCGGGGUCAGCGACCAAUCGCGCCGAGGCUCAGAGGGGCGGGGCCAUCCCAGGGGCGGGGCCUUGCCAGUUCCGGGCCUCCCGGGGGCGUGGCCGGGCCUGGACAGCGGCCUGGGCCAUGUCGGCGCCGCCUGCCCUGCAGAUCCGGGAGGCGAACGCACACCUGGCGGCCGUGCACCGGCGCGCGGCGGAGCUGGAGGCGCGGCUGGACGCGGCGGAGCGCACGGUGCACGCCCAGGCCGAGCGCCUGGCUCUCCACGACCAGCAGCUGCGCGCUGCCCUAGACGAACUGGGUCGCGCCAAGGACCGUGAGAUUGCCACACUCCAGGAGCAGCUGAUGACCUCAGAGGCCACUGUCCACAGCCUGCAGGCCGCCGUGCACCAGAGGGACAAACUCAUUAGGCAGUUGCAGCCCCGGGCUGAGCUGCUGCAGGACAUCUGCCGCCGCCGACCACCCCUGGCCGGGCUGCUGGCUGCCCUGGCUGAGGCUGAGCGCCUGGGGCCCGUGCCGGCCAGUGACCUCGGCCACCCACCCCCCGGUGGGCCUGGUCCGCCCCUUGCCAAUAGCACUGGGGAAGAGGCAGACAGGGACCCCCUCCAGCCUGCGGUGUUUGGGACCACAGUGUGAGCCCGGAAUGCAGAUUCCAGAAUGGAGACAGAAAGCCACUGCUGUCAAUGUCCUUGGGAGUCACCAGCGUCCUGCAGGGGGACCCUAUGGCAGAGCCACAGUCCUGUCUAAGCAUCAGAACGGGCUAAACAGUCAAAGUUUUCAAAGAGGCCCACAGGCCAGAUGCAGACGUUUAACCCAGACA